UGUACAUCUGAUGAAUUCACAGAUAUGCUCAGCCAGGAACAUGGGAAGCAUACUUGGGUCUCCACAAACAAAAAGAGAAACUGCAGGCAACAAAGAGAUUCUUGAAACAAAUCAUUCCCCACCCAUACUACAACCCCUACACCUAUGACAAUGACAUCGCUCUGAUGGAGCUGGACUUGCCGGUGACCUUCAGUAGGACCAUUCAAACCAUUUGCUUGCCCACUUCCACUGACGUCUUCCCCACUGGUGAAUCGGUCACCAUCAGCGGCUGGGGUGCCACCAGAGAAGGGGGCGCUGGAGCUGCUGUGCUGCAGAAAGCGAAUGUCCGCAUCAUCAACGGCACAGUGUGUAAUGAACUAAUGGGCGGCCAGAUCACAUCUCGCAUGACGUGUGCUGGCGUUCUCUCAGGAGGAGUGGAUGCUUGCCAGGUGGGUUUCAUUCAUAUAGUAUCAGUAUCAGACAUUUUUAGAUUUAGAUCUCUUUUGCCAUGCUCACUUAAAGGAAUGGUUCAUCUAAAAAUAAAAAUGAGCCCAUAAUUUACUCUCCCUAAG